AUGGGUCAAGACUAUUACAAAAUUCUGGGAGUCAGCAAGGACGCAGACGACGACGCCCUUAAGAAAGCCUAUCGGAAAUUAGCAUUGAAAUGGCAUCCGGAUAAAAACAAAGAAGCAAACCGAGAGGAAGCAGAAAAAAAAUUCAAAGAGAUCAGUGAAGCAUAUGAGGUGUUGAGCGAUAAAAACAAACGUCAGAUAUAUGAUAUGUAUGGUGAAGAGGGCCUCAAAGGGGGCCCUCCUCCCCCAUCAGCCGAUGGCACCAGUGGAUUCGCUGGUGGGUUUCCCGGUGGAUUUCCUGGUUUUUCAGGAUUUCAUCCUGGAGGUGGUGGCACUACAUUCACAUUUAAGACGACUGGCUUUAAUCCAAGCGAUCCACGAGACCUUUUCUCAAAAGUCUUUACAGAGAUGGGUGGUGGCUUGGGUGGCUUAGGUGGCAUGGGAUUUGGUGAUGGUGACUUCUUUUCACGAACGGGUGGCAGUGGGUUCGGCGAUUUUGGUCAACAAUCUCCCUUUUCCCAACCAAAAGUUCAAGAGGCGGUUGUCAGGUACCCAAUCACGCUCGAAGAUCUCUAUAAAGGCGCAUCAAAGCGGUUGAAAGUGAAGCGUAAACUGCUCGACGCGAGUACCAAAAGACAAGUACCUACAGAGGAAGAAGUGGUUAUUCCAAUCCGACCCGGACUUAAGGCGGGUUCGAAAAUAAGGUUUCCCGCCAAAGGAGAUGAGUUGCCCAAUGGAGAAGUGCAAGAUCUGGUUAUUCUCAUUGAGGAAAAGCCACAUAACGUGUUCCAACGUGAUGGGGAUGACCUUAGGGUGGUUAUAAAGUUAACACUCGUUGAGGCAUUGUGCGGUUUUGAGAAGAAAAUCGAGACUUUGGACGGAAGGAAGUUGCUUAUUACAAACAAGUCGUCCGUAAUCACCCCUGGCACUGAGCAGGUAGUUCAUAAUGAGGGAAUGCCUAAAAAAUCAGGAGAUAAAGGAAACUUGAUUGUGAAGUAUGAUAUCGAGUUCCCGGCAAGACUGACUGACAAACAAAAAGCGGACUUGAGAAAAAUUCUAACAUGA